AGCAUCAUCAGCUUACCGCCUGCUGCUGCUUCCAGGGAAUAAACUCUGAACAGUCUCAACAAUUUUCCUCAGAGACGUCUGUGAAGAAACAGUCAGUGCAGAAAUGUCUCUGCUGUCUGUCCUGCUGCCUCUGACAGGCCUUUUCUUCUUGAUCUCUUCAUCGUUUGGCUCAGAGUCCAGUGUACCCUACCCCAUCACCUGCGUGACCCGUGGAGCCGACCUGAUGGACGACGCUGUGGUGGUGUUAUGUCCUCCAGACUGCACCCAGUGGAGGGUGUCAGUGUUCGGGACGGGAAUCUACGCCUCCGUCUCCUCCGUCUGUGGAGCUGCUGUGCACAGGGGGGUCCUGGGUCCGUCCGGAGGCCCUGUCAGGGUCCACAGACUGCAGGGACAACACAGCUACAUGAGCUCCUACGCCCACGGGAUCCAAUCACAGGCCCUGUCCCAGUGGACCACCUCCUUCAGGCUCACCAAGCCUGUUAAUGUUCCAUUAGAGCUGACCAGUGACACCAGCACCACAGCUCUGCCUGCAGCUGCACAACCAGCAAAGAAAACACUGAAGAAGCCCUCAGUGAAGAAAGCUCUGCAAGGCGGAAAUAAAGACUGUCAGAUGGACAUCGCCAUGGUCAUGGACAGCAGCAACAACAUCGGGCAGCGACGGUUCAACCUGCAGAAGAACUUUGUCACCAAACUUGCCGCCAUGUUGAGAGUCGGACCAACAGGACCACAUGUAGGCCUGAUACAGGCCAGUGAUUCUCCCAGGACAGAGUUCCUACUGACCAACUACACUCAGCCUAAAGAGCUGUUGUUUGCCAUCAAGGAGCUGGCCUACCUGGGAGGAGACAGCAACAUAGGUAAAGCCAUCAUGCACACAGCGGAGACCUUCUUCAUCCAGGAGAACGGGGGAAGACGGGGCCACCCUCGGGUGAUGAUGGUGCUGAUUGACGGGUGGCCGUCCGAUGACCUAGAGCAGGCGGCUAAGUUCGCCCGAGAUUCCGGCGUCAAUGUCUUCCUGGUGUCUGUGGCCAAGCCGGCGCCCGAGGAGCUCGCCAUGGUGCCUGACAAGGACUUUGUCAAGAAGGCGGUGUGUAAAGACAACGGUUUCUUCAGUUACUCCAUCCCCAGCUGGUUCAGCACCACCAAACACGUCAAACCUCUCACUCAGAGACUUUGCUCGCUGGACGGCCUGCUCUGCAGUAAAACCUGCUACAACUCGGUGAACAUCGGUUUCCUCAUUGACGGUUCGUCCAGUGUUGGUGAGGGGAACUUCCAAUUGGUCCUGGACUUCCUGGCAGGAAUUGCUGGCAGCUUCGAUAUCUCAGAUGUGGGAGCUCACAUUGGUGCGGUGCAGUUCACCUACGAUCAGAGGCUGGAGUUCGGCCUGUCUGACCACUCCAACAAAGAGGACGCCACCAACGCUCUGAAGAGGAUCCCCUACAUGAGCGGAGGAACAGCAACUGGAGCAGCCAUCAGCUACACCACCCAGAGACUGUUCAGGCGGACAGGACCAGGUCGCAACUUUCUCAUCGUGGUGACAGAUGGUCAAUCGUAUGACGACGUGAGAAGCCCGGCGCUGAUUGCACACAAACAAGAAAUCACCAUCUACUCCGUGGGCGUUGCCUGGGCCCCCAUGGAUGACCUCAGAGCGAUGUCAUCAGAGCCAAAGGACAGCCACACCUUCUUCACCAGAGAGUUCAACGGCCUCGCUGACUUCAUCCCUCCGCUGGUCCAAGGCAUCUGCCGAGACUUUGCUGAGAAAAACUAAGAUCACACACACACACACACACACACACACGUUUGUACUUCUGCACUUGUGAUGACAACUUCAACCGAACCCUUAAAUAGUCUGAUAAAAUGUCCUCACAAAGAUAGAAGUUCGCAUUUGUACUUCUAUAUUUGAGGUGCCUCAAGUCUUAAUGUUCUAAUAGACCUUUGAAGAAGUGAAAACAUGACAAAAUGGCCUCACUUUUAGUACAUAUUUGUAUUCCUAUAAUUUUGAGGACCUUUACUAACAAAUUAUCCAUCCUGUAAACCUAAAACUGUAACUGUUUAAGAGGUGCUUUGCAGGUACAGGAACAGGUCCUCACAAAGUUAGACUUACAUAUUCAUAUUCCUUUAAUUAUUGCCUAGCCUGUAAAACCUACAACUGUAACAAGCUUAGAUUAAAUUUCCUUGCUUUGCAUGUACAAAUGCAGGUCCUCACAAACAUAGCAGCACAUACAGGUACUUGAGUACUUGUAAGGUCCUUCACUGACAUACAUCACUUGGCACCUAAACCUAAAACCCAAAUCUUAAAGCUUUGAAAGGUGAGAAGCAAACAAAUGUCCCCUUUAUCCAAAAUGUCCUUGCUUUGCAGAACAAAAUCAAGUCCCCACAAAGACAGAAGUACAAGAGCACACACACACACAUUGUAUAUAUACCAUACACAUAUACCCACAAAACACACAGCAUAGAAAGAUACUCAUACACCAAAAACAUUUUUCUAUUUAAUGAAGGAGACGUUGGAAAAUCAUCAAAUGUGAUAAUCAUCAUCAACAACAGUAGAAACCACAUUCAUUCACUCUUCACUCUACAGUCUAUUAUUGUAGGACUCAAAUUACUCUGAAGUGCAACUCAAAAAUUAGUAAAACUAUAAAAACAAAACAUAGAAUGUAAAACCUGUGAGAAAAUCCUUAAUAUCACGUUAACCAAAUUAAUCUUAUCAAUUCUGAUCAACCUGAACUUGAAAUUUACUUUUUAAACAGAUCCUAACUAUGGAAUAAACCCUGCUGAAUCCUUUAAUGAACUGCAGAUUAAAGGGAAACAAAAUCACAAAUAAAGAUAUCCAUAUCUUCCAAUUACAAAAUAAAUCAACUGUAACUGUAAAAUAAUUUGUUCAUAAUUAUAAGGUACUUUAUUAAAGUGCAAUUAUGAGAAAACUAGCCCAUAAUUACACAAAUUUGUUAUAAGAUCCAUAACUCAUAAUUAUAACAAAAUUAUUUCAUAAUGAAGUUUUCUGGAUCUUGUGAUUACAAAAUAAAAAUAAUGUUUACACUUAUUUUGUAAUUACGAGAUCUUCUAUGUUAUUAUUACAAGAUCUGUAUCUCAUAAUUCUGAUAUAAAGAUUUUAUAAUUAUGAAAGUAGUUUUCUAGUUACUGUGACAUUUGUAUGUCACAAUUAAGAGAUAAAUAUUUCAUGAUUAUGAAAUCUACAUAUUGUAGGUAAAUACUUUUACCUGCAGGAAAUCUUUUUCAUGAUUAUGACAUCUUUAUAUCAUAAUUACAGUAAUGAGAUCCUCAACUUUUA